UCCUUAACUAAAGUUUCCAUUAUUAAGGAGCUAGCUAGUUCCGGUAGAAGAUCAUGUUUAGAACCACAAGCUCCAAAAAGGGGAAAGCAAAGCAACAAACUGAAGAUGGAUAUGGCAGAAAAGAAAGAGAAAUUUGGAAGUUCUGUAGCAGCUGCAGGCAGUCCAAUGGAGAUCAUAGGGAUGGGGCCGAGAGACGAAGAUGAAAGCAGUAGCAGUUUCCGCACAGCUGAGACUUUGCUGCGUCUGCUGCCAAUUGGUCCUUGUGUGGCGGCUCUUGUGGUGAUGCUUCAUAACUCCCAGACCAAUGACUUUGGCUCUGUUUCCUACUCCCACAUCGGAGCUUUCAGGUACUUGGUGAAUGCCAACGGCAUUUGUGCCGGAUAUUCCCUUCUCACCGCUAUCAUUGCAGCCAAGCCUCGUUCCCUCACCAUGUCCCAAGCCUGGACUUUCUUCUUCCUAGAUCAUGUGCUGACGUACCUAAUUCUGGGUGCUGGAGCUGUGUCAAUGGAGGUGCUGUACUUGGCAUACAAGGGCAAUUCAGACGUGGCAUGGAGCGCAGCUUGUGGGUCUUUUGGGGGAUUCUGUCACAAAGCCACAGCUUCUGUCGCCAUUACAUUUGUGGUGGUGGCUUGCUAUGCACUCAUUUCUCUCAUUUCCUCCUACAAGCUCUUCAGCAAGUAUGAGGCUCCUCACCCUGUGGCCAACCCCAUCAAAGGCAUUCCGACCGCCACCUUCCACGCUUGAUCACCACCGCCACUCUCUCCUUCAUUACUAUCAAUUUCUGUUUUUCUUUUUUCUUUUCCUGAAUGAAUGCAUCAAAUAAAAUGCUACAAUCUGAGCUUGAAGCAAUUGAUUGUUCUCAAUGGCCACACUGAGCAAAAAAUCUUCCUAUAUGUUACAAAGUAGAGCGUAUUUGUCUUCUCCAUUAAACAAAGUGAAAGAGCUUUGAACCUA